CCACUUACUUAUCUGCAUUACCAAUUUAUAUCCCUCUGGCUCUGGGUGGCCUUCCUUCCGCUCGUGGAUGUUCAUAUUAUUUCCUUUGGGAUUUUUUUAAUGGUGUAUCUACUCUUGAGAUGCGACCAAAUUGGAACAGUGUAAGAGCUGCCAACUCAUGAAAUGAUAAAACAAUUGCAAGUUAUAGAGGAUGGUGGAAAUCUGUCUCCAUUCUUUUCUUCUAUACAUAUACAAGGUCUAAUUGAGUUUAAGCAGAACAACUUCAUCCAAUAACAACUUGAUCAUCUCAGAACUGAUCUAUUUUUGCUAAAAUAGAAAAUGGCUGCCGCUUGCCAUGUUCGUUCCAGCAGUUUACCCUCCAAAAGUCAUCCUCUAGCUUCAAGUGUUGAGGAGCAGUUGACCACGUUGAGAGCAUCAUCAGCGUCAGUAAUCCACAAAUUAGGUGGCCUCAAGGAUUUGCAUGAUAGGGUUGGUGAUUUGUUUAAAUUACCCCACACCCAACAGGCUCUCUCCAGUGAACAUCAAGAUAAAUGUUUAGAAGAAAUGUUUGAUGGAUCUCUUCGGCUCUUGGAUGCGUGUGCUACCACCAGGGAUGUUUUCUCUCAAAUGAAGGAAUGCGUACAGGAGCUUGAAUCCUCCUUCAGGAGGAAAAGGGGUGCAGAAUCCAACGUUGAAAAUGAAGUUCAAGCAUAUAUGAACUCCAGGAAGAGAAUGAGUAAAGUGAUUUCUAAGUAUUGUGGAAAUUUAAAAAGAAUGGAAAAGAAGUGCACAGAAUUGCACGUGGAUAAGGACUCAGUUGUCGUAGAUGGCAUGCUAAAGGAGGUUGAAGAAAUCAGCCUCAUGGUGUUUCAAUCCCUUCUAUCCUCUGUUUCUCUGUCUAAGGCAAGAUCAAGACCAGCUGGAUGGUCUUUAGUGUCAAAAUUACUACCAUCCAGGCAAAUUACAAGCCAAGUUCAAGCUUAUGCCAAUGGAGUUGAGAAGAUGGAUGUAGAAUUGCUUAAUCUGAUUGGCAAGACAUCCACAAGCCUUGUAGAAAUGAAAAGUGUAUUGGAGGGACUGGAAGCAUUAGAGUGUAGCAUUGAGCAAACGGAGGAGGAAUUGGAGUGCAUUUAUAGGCGAUUAUUGAAAAGCAGAGUUUCUCUCCUCAACAUGCAUGCCUGACCAUUGAAUCUCUCCUCUUUGGUCCAUCACAAUUUUCCUGUGAUUGUAAAUACAUGUAGAUAUACAUACACAUUAUCAGUUGUAUCAAAUCGAUAUGAAUAUAUCAAAAC